UCACUUGCGCUCAUUGAGCGCUGGAGAUCUGCCGUGUCUGGUGCUCUGCGACGAAGCCGAAGACAGAAGACGCUUUUGGGGGGGAUUGCCUUGAGAGUUUAUUCCAGUUCACCCCUGCGCUGCUUUUGGAUUUUAUUCUCGGAUCUGCAGCUGGUAAGUCAUCAACCGGCUUUGACAUGGCCAAAAGGAAGAUGGAUAGCAUCGGGCGGAACGGGAUGGUGGCACUUAUACUGCUGUGUAAUCUAACAAAGAUUUUUGUGAAGGCAAGCCUAGAGGUCAAUGAAACCCAGCAGCAGCAUCCCACCAAUGUCUACCAUGACAUGGGACUCACCAGGAACAAGAUAGUUACAGCACAGUUUGAGUGCUAUCAAAAGAUAAUGAAGGACAAUACUCACAGCAGACAAGAGCCCAUGUGUAAUCGCACUUGGGAUGGCUGGCUGUGUUGGGACGACACCAAGGCAGGCAUCUCUUCAGAGCAGCAUUGCCCGGACUACUUCCAGGAUUUUGAUCCUUCAGAGAUGGUUACAAAGAUUUGCACUGAGAGUGGUCAUUGGUUCCUGCAUCCCGAGAGCAACCGAACAUGGACCAACUACACUCGCUGCAAUGAACACACCAAUGAAGGCAGAGUGACCGCAAUGAAUCUUUUCUACUUAGCCCUCAUCGGACAUGGGCUGUCACUGACCUCCCUCUUCAUCUCUCUUGGAAUAUUCUUCCAUUUCAAGAGUUUAAGUUGCCAAAGGAUCACUCUUCACAAAAACCUCUUCUUUUCUUUUGUCCUGAACUCUGUGAUCACCAUUAUUUGGUUGACAGCAGUGGCAAACAACCAGGAACUGGUGCAGAGGAAUCCAACAAGCUGUAAAGUGUCCCAAUUCAUUCAUCUGUACCUGUUUGGCUGCAAUUACUUCUGGAUGUUGUGUGAGGGAAUAUACCUGCACACUCUCAUCGUGGUGGCUGUGUUUGCUGAGAAGCAGCACCUGAUGUGGUACUAUCUACUAGGCUGGGGUUUCCCUCUCAUUCCUGCAACCAUACAUGCCGUUGCUCGAAGUUACUACUACAACGACAACUGUUGGAUUAGCUCCAAAACAUCGCUACUCUACAUCAUCCACGGUCCCAUCUGUGCUGCUCUCUUGGUCAAUUUGUUCUUUUUACUGAACAUUGUGCGAGUGCUCAUCACCAAACUGAAGGUGACCCAUCAAGCAGAGUCUAGUCUCUACAUGAAGGCAGUGAGAGCUACCCUCAUCCUGGUGCCUCUACUAGGAAUUCAGUACGUCCUGCUUCCCUACAAGCCAGAGGGCCGGGUUUCCUCUGAAAUAUACGACUACAUCAUGCACAUACUAAUGCAUUACCAGGGUCUGCUGGUGGCCACCAUCUUCUGCUUUUUCAACGGAGAAGUCCAAGCGGUUUUGAGGAGGCACUGGAACCAGUAUCAUAUCCAGUUCGGCAGCAGCGUAGGGAACCACUCAGACGCCCUGCGCUCAGCCUCCUACACAGCUUCCUCCAUCACCGAGGUACAGGGCUGCUACAGCAUCGACAGCCACACAGAACACAUGAACGGCAAGGGUUGCCACGACGCAGACGCCUCCAUCUUAAAAUCAGACAGCCCCUUUGCCUGACGACAGCACUCUUCCCAAGCUCUGUCCAACCCACACACACCCCCCCACCCCCCCUUAAAAACUGCAGCAUAUUUGGAGCUCCGUGGCAACCAGGAAACCAGGGACUGAGAACUCAACCCCUCUUAUAGAUAUGAUGUGGGAAGCAAUACUUAAGGAGAAGGAUUGUGCACCCACCUGAAGGAAAUUGACACCUCUCUGUCACACGACAUAGACCCUUUAACCGUACUGUGAGGUGAGCUCGAUAAAACUAUUCCUGCGCUGUUUUGUCUACAAUUUAAAACUGAACUGCUUCACUUGGACUAAGCCGAUGCAUUCUGAUAAUCACGAUAUUGUUGCGAUCUUUCUGCCUAGCAAAAUUGUUUUUAAAUGGAUGAAUAUUAACUGUUUGACUAUCCUUCUGGGAUCAUGUCGUGCACAAAAAGCCUUUGGUUACACUGUAAAUUCUUUUGACAUGGUUAGUGCCAAACCAAGAAAUCCUUGCCUGCCUCAUAUAUUAUUAUUUUUUUCUUCAAUACAGAAUCAUAACGGAGAUAGGAGUCCUCACAGGUGCAUAAUAAUAUAUUAAAACUAUAUUAUAUCUUUCACAUAUUAAACUUAAUUUAUCUGAACAUAUUAUUGUUGAUAAAAGGAAAAUUAGAUAAAUACCAUACAGUAUUUAUUAAAGUUUUUUUUUUCAAAGUUAGCAAAUUAAGUACCAAUAUUACUUGUUGCCAGCUUCACAUAAACUUUCAAAGCAUUUCUUGUUUUUUUUUAGUAUUUGUCUAAUUUACAGAGUCGUACCGUUAGCCCACAGGCUACAUUUUUACAUGAUUUCAAUGUUUGAGUGUUUGGGUUUGAAUGUUUCAGUGACAACACCAUAAUCUUAUCACCGAGUAGCCAUCAUGAAAUCCCAUGUUCCCUAAUAUCUGCUCAUUACACUUGAAUGUAAGUUUGAAGACUUGGCUCUGUUCAGUAUAAAUACAUCACAUUCCCAUUCA